AUGGCGCAAUAUAACAACUUUCAUUUCAAACACAUACAACAAUACCAAUAUCCAUACAAAAACCCGGUAAAUUUAUUUCAACUAUAUCCUCCUCAAGUAUCGAAACUAAAAGAUAAUUUCAGCUAUGAAGAAUACAACUAUUAUGAUGACGAAAAUGUUUGUUCCUGUGAAAACUGCGAUAAUCUAAAACCGUCUUGUCAAAAUAUGUGCCCAAAUUGUGCUAGGUUAUCCUUAACAAAUGCUGGUUAUGUAAUUAUACCGUUUCCUUACCCUUAUCCGGUUAUACCUAAAACAACAAAUCAGCCCAAAAAGUUAACUAAAGUUACUACUCAACCUACCACAAAAAGUAGUGCAACAAUAGUUUCUCAACAAUCAACUAAAGCAGUUGAACGUACGUUUGAUGAACAAACUGAUGCCACUAUAACAGACAAAUUAGUUGAAUCGAAAGUUCCAGACGUCGCUGCUAAAUCACUCGAAGUGAAAGAUAAAAGCCCAUAUAUGCUUACGUCAUUAAGACGAACCAAGCCUAAUUGGAUACCUAACUACGGAAUAGUGCCAAUUUCUAACAAAUUUGCAGAGAAAUUGAUGUUACAAUUACGGAACAUGAAAGUACUGCAUUCGCCUAAAGAUUACUUGCGAGAUGUUGAUUAAAUUACACCCAUUAAUUAGAAAAAUGUUCUAAGUACUCAUUGUUACAUUUCAUAUUUGUACCAUAGUUAUAAACUCGUACAUAGUUGUAAAUUUAAUACAUUUUUAAAAUAUC